AUCCCUGUUCUCGGGCUCCUCCUUGCCCCAUCUCCUACCUCUCCCCCCAACCCCCCACCCCUCCGGGAUCCACUGGAACCCGGCCCCGCCCCCCGGGGCUGGGGCGAUCCCCUUCCCCCGCCGGGUGAGGUGCUGCGGGCGGGGGCUGGGCCUGUGGGGCCGCGGGGGCUCAGAGGCCGCCGCCCCCUCCCUAAGCCCGUCCGCCCCUUACUCGGAGCUCUGGAUGGAGGCACCACGGCCGCGGGGCUGAACCAGGUCGGGCCUGCCACCACCUUCUCCCACUCCCUUCCCCAGCCCCACCCCUUGCCCCCUCCAUGGAGAGGAAUAGAUCCCAGCUCAGCCCGGUCUAACCCAGGUCCCUCCCCGCCCCCCCUCCUUCCUCCUUUCCCCGCCCCCUCCUCCCUCCUGGGGCAAGGGGGGCCUCCCUCCCUCUCCCCCCCUUCUCUCUCUCUCCGAGGGGGGGGGUCCCGGGGAGGGAGGGGGGGUCCCCCCGAUCAGCAUGUGGCUCCUGGCGCUGUGUCUGGUGGGGCUGGCGGGGGCUCAACGUGGGGGAGGGGGUCCCGGGGGCGCCCCUGGAAGCCCCGGCCUGGGCCUCAGCAGCCUCGGGGAGGAGCGCUUCCCAGUGGUGAACACUGCCUACGGGCGAGUACGAGGUGUCCGUCGUGAACUCAACAACGAGAUCCUGGGCCCGGUCGUGCAGUUCUUGGGCGUGCCGUACGCCACACCACCCCUGGGAGCCCGCCGCUUCCAGCCUCCGGAGGCGCCUGCCUCGUGGCCCGGCGUGCGCAACGCCACCACCCUGCCGCCUGCCUGCCCACAGAACCUACACGGGGCGCUGCCCGCCAUCAUGCUGCCCGUGUGGUUCACCGACAACCUGGAGGCAGCCGCCACCUACGUGCAGAACCAGAGCGAGGACUGCCUGUACCUCAACCUCUACGUGCCCACCGAGGAUGGUCCGCUCACAAAAAAACGUGACGAGGCGACGCUCAAUCCGCCAGACACAGAUAUCCGGGACUCUGGGAAGAAGCCUGUGAUGCUGUUUCUUCACGGCGGGUCCUACAUGGAGGGCACCGGAAACAUGUUCGAUGGCUCCGUCCUGGCUGCCUAUGGCAACGUCAUUGUAGCCACACUCAACUACCGGCUUGGGGUGCUCGGUUUUCUCAGCACCGGUGACCAGGCUGCAAAAGGCAACUAUGGGCUCCUGGACCAGAUUCAGGCCCUACGCUGGCUCAGUGAGAACAUUGCCCACUUUGGGGGUGACCCGGAACGCAUCACCAUCUUUGGGUCUGGGGCUGGGGCCUCUUGUGUCAACCUUCUGAUCCUCUCUCACCAUUCAGAAGGGCUAUUCCAGAAGGCCAUUGCCCAGAGUGGCACCGCCAUCUCCAGCUGGUCUGUCAACUACCAGCCACUCAAGUACACACGGCUACUGGCAGCCAAGGUGGGCUGUGACCGGGAGGACAGUGCCGAGGCGGUGGAGUGUCUGCGCCGGAAGCCGUCCCGGGAGCUGGUGGACCAAGAUGUGCAGCCUGCCCGCUACCACAUUGCCUUUGGGCCCGUGGUGGACGGUGAUGUCGUCCCCGAUGACCCUGAGAUCCUCAUGCAGCAGGGAGAAUUCCUCAAUUACGACAUGCUCAUUGGCGUCAACCAAGGAGAGGGCCUCAAAUUUGUGGAGGACUCCGCAGAGAGCGAGGAUGGGGUGUCUGCCAGCGCCUUUGACUUCACCGUCUCCAAUUUUGUGGACAACCUGUAUGGCUACCCAGAGGGCAAGGACGUGCUGCGGGAGACCAUCAAAUUCAUGUACACGGACUGGGCUGACCGGGACAAUGGGGAGAUGCGACGCAAGACCCUGCUGGCACUCUUCACUGACCACCAGUGGGUGGCCCCCGCCGUGGCCACCGCCAAGCUGCACGCCGACUACCAGUCCCCUGUCUACUUUUACACCUUCUACCACCACUGCCAGGCUGAGGGCCGGCCCGAGUGGGCAGACGCAGCGCACGGGGACGAACUUCCCUAUGUCUUUGGUGUGCCCAUGGUGGGUGCCACCGACCUCUUCCCCUGCAACUUCUCCAAGAACGAUGUCAUGCUCAGCGCUGUGGUCAUGACCUACUGGACCAACUUCGCCAAGACUGGCGACCCCAACCAGCCGGUGCCACAGGACACCAAGUUCAUCCACACCAAACCCAACCGUUUUGAGGAGGUGGUGUGGAGCAAGUUCAACAGCAAGGAGAAGCAGUAUCUGCACAUUGGCUUGAAGCCACGAGUGCGUGACAACUACCGCGCUAAUAAGGUGGCCUUCUGGCUGGAGCUGGUGCCCCACCUGCACAACCUGCACACAGAGCUCUUCACCACCACCACACGCCUGCCUCCCUACACCACCCGCUGGCCGCCGCGCCCACCCCAAGGCGCUCCGGGCACCCGCAGGCCCCCACUGCCUGCCACUCUGCCUCCGGAGCCUGAGCCCGAGCCCGGCCCCAGGGCCUAUGACCGCUUCCCUGGGGACUCUCGAGACUACUCCACGGAGCUCAGCGUCACUGUGGCUGUGGGCGCCUCCCUCCUGUUCCUCAACAUCCUGGCCUUUGCCGCCCUCUACUACAAGCGGGACCGGAGGCAGGAGCUGCGGUGCAGGCGGCUCAGCCCACCCUGUGGCUCUGGCUCAGGAGUGCCUGGCGGGGGCCCCCUGCUGCCUGCUGCUGGCCGAGAGCUGCCACCGGAGGAGGAGCUGGUGUCACUGCAGCUCAAGCGUGGUGGUGGCGUUGGGGCGGACCCUGCUGAGGCCCUGCGCCCUGCCUGCCCUCCCGACUACACCCUGGCCCUGCGCCGGGCACCAGAUGAUGUGCCUCUCUUGGGCCCUGGGGCCCUGACCCUGCUGCCCAGUGGCCUCGGGCCCCCGCCGCCCCCGCCGCCCCCCUCCCUCCACCCCUUCGGGCCCUUCCCUCCACCUCCUCCCACUGCUACUAGUCACAACAACACACUACCCCACCCCCAUUCCACCACUCGGGUAUAGGGGGCAGCUUGGGGAGUCUCUCCUCCCCAGCACUGCUGCCCCCCACCCACCCGGCGGGAGGUCCAACUUGGAAGGCAGGGAGGACCACUUGGCCACUGGCCUUUCUCAUGUGACCACACCUGGAAGAGCAGUCGGUGGACAUGGGUCUC